CGUCGCUCGCGUGCCGUGCGUGGGCACGUCAGUGCGGCGCGUCUCCACCCCCCGCCCCGGUAACCGGGGCAGUGGCGGCGGCGGCGGCUGCGGGGCCGGCGGUACAUUGAGGACAUCAUGAAUUGGAAUAAAGGUGGACCUGGUACUAAGAGAGGCUUUGGGUUUGGUGGAUUUGCCAUAACACCUGGGAAGAAGGAGGAGCCCAAGCUGUCCCAGCAGUCCCACAGCGCUUUCGGAACAGCCGGUUCCUCGGCAGCCUUUGCAAAAUCAGGGCCUCCUCAGCUGCCUUCCUUCUACAAAAUUGGGUCAAAGAGAGCGAAUUUUGAUGAAGAGAAUGCGUACUUUGAGGAUGAGGAGGAAGAUUCCAGCAAUGUGGAAUUGCCCUACAUUCCCGCCGAGAAUUCCCCCACUCGGCAGCAGUUUCAUUCCAAGUCAGCAGACUCUGACAGCGAUGAUGAUCCUCUGGAAGCAUUCAUGGCUGAAGUGGAGGAUCAAGCUGCUCGAGACAUGAAGAGACUCGAAGAUAAAGACAAAGAAAAAAAGAACGUUAAGGGUAUUCGAGAUGACAUUGAAGAGGAAGAUGACCAAGAAGCGUAUUUUCGCUACAUGGCUGAAAACCCCACUGCUGGUGUGGUCCAGGAGGAGGAAGAGGAUAACCUGGAGUAUGAUAGUGAUGGGAACCCGAUUGCACCCUCCAAAAAAAUCAUUGAUCCUCUUCCACCUAUUGACCACUCAGAGAUUGAAUAUCCACCCUUUGAGAAGAAUUUCUAUGAUGAGCACGAGGAGAUCACCAGCCUGACCCCGCAGCAGGUGGUGGAGUUACGGCACAAGCUGAACCUCCGGGUCUCUGGUGCUGCUCCUCCAAGGCCUGGCAGUAGUUUUGCUCAUUUUGGAUUUGAUGAGCAACUUAUGCAUCAAAUUAGGAAAUCAGAGUAUACCCAACCCACUCCAAUACAAUGUCAGGGUGUUCCAGUUGCACUGAGUGGCAGAGACAUGAUUGGGAUAGCUAAGACUGGAAGUGGGAAAACAGCAGCCUUCAUCUGGCCGAUGCUGAUUCACAUCAUGGAUCAGAAGGAGCUGGAGCCAGGGGAUGGUCCCAUUGCAGUGAUUGUCUGCCCCACCAGAGAGCUUUGCCAGCAGAUCCACUCGGAGUGCAAGCGCUUUGGGAAGGCCUACAACCUGCGCUCCGUGGCUGUGUACGGAGGAGGGAGCAUGUGGGAACAGGCCAAAGCCCUUCAGGAGGGGGCAGAGAUCGUGGUCUGCACCCCUGGUCGUUUGAUUGAUCAUGUGAAAAAGAAAGCUACAAACCUUCAAAGAGUCACUUACCUUGUGUUUGAUGAAGCUGACAGAAUGUUUGAUAUGGGGUUUGAAUACCAGGUCAGAUCAAUCGCAAGCCACGUCCGUCCCGACAGACAGACUCUCCUGUUCAGUGCCACGUUCCGUAAGAAGAUCGAGAAACUGGCCCGGGAUAUUCUGAUCGACCCAAUCCGGGUCGUGCAGGGAGACAUUGGAGAGGCAAACGAAGAUGUCACUCAGAUUGUGGAGAUCUUCCCCUCUGGCCCCAGCAAGUGGAACUGGCUGACCCGGCGCCUCGUGGAGUUCACGUCCUCCGGGAGCGUCCUCCUGUUUGUCACCAAGAAGGCCAACGCAGAAGAACUGGCCAAUAACCUCAAGCAGGAGGAUCAUAACCUGGGGCUGCUCCAUGGGGACAUGGACCAGAGUGAGAGGAAUAAAGUCAUUUCAGAAUUCAAGAAGAAGGGGAUCCCCAUCCUGGUGGCGACCGACGUGGCAGCUCGGGGGUUAGACAUCCCUUCCAUCAAGACUGUCAUCAACUACGACGUGGCUCGGGACAUAGACACCCACACCCACAGGAUCGGCCGCACCGGCCGCGCGGGCGAGAAGGGGGUUGCCUACACUCUGCUGACUCCCAAGGACAGCAACUUCGCUGGGGACCUCGUCAGAAACCUGGAAGGUGCCAAUCAACAUGUCUCCAAAGAGCUGUUGGAUCUGGCAAUGCAGAAUCCGUGGUUCCGGAAAUCCCGUUUCAAGGGAGGGAAAGGCAAGAAGCUGAAUAUUGGUGGUGGUGGCUUGGGGUACCGGGAACGCCCCGGGCUGGGCUCAGAAAAUUCUGACCGUGGAAACAACAACAGUGUGAUGAGUAACUACGAGGCCUACAAGCCAUCCACGGGGGCCAUGGGGGACAGGCUGACAGCAAUGAAAGCAGCUUUCCAGUCCCAGUACAAGAGCCACUUUGUCGCCGCGAGCUUAAACAACCAAAAGACUGGGAGCUCUGCCGCCGGUGCCAGCGGCUGGACCAGCGCCGGGAGCCUCAACUCCGUCCCGACGAGUUCGGCGCAGCAAAACGCCGCCAACCCCGACGGCCCUGCCGCGGCGGCCAAGGGCGUCCCGGGCUUCACCAGCACAGGGACUCUGAGCAGCGUGCCCACCUUCCCGGGGGGAGCACAGGGCUUCAACAACACAAGUGCCAGCACCAACAGCCGAGAAGGCGGCGGCGGCGGCGUUGGUGGCAUUGCCAGAGAACGGUACAACGACAACCGGAACAGUCGCCACAACGAGGUCCCGCGGCGCGGAGAGGGCGGUGGUGGCCGUGCCGAGGGCGGUGGUGGCCGUGCCGAGGGUGGUGGUGGCCGUGCUGAGGGCGGUGGUGGCCGCUACAACGAUGUCCAGCGCCACGGCGAGGGCGGCGGCCGCCACAGCGACGCUCCCCGGCACGGCGAGGGCCGGCACGGCGACAUCCAUCGCCACGGCGAGGGCCGGCACUUCACCGACUUCCCGGGCGCCGGCGGCCGCAACAACAGCGGGGACAGCAGGAACAGCAGCGAGGGCAGGAGCAACGAGAGCAGGAACGGCGAGAGCAGGAAGGAGGCCAACAGCCGGGAAAACAAGACAGAUGGUUUCGCCGUCCCGGAGCCCCCCAAACGUAAGAAGAGCCGGUGGGACAGUUAAAAGCCGGGGUUUCGCAGCCUGGAACCUCGGCAGGUAGCGUUGUCUUUUUCCAGAGGAUUUCUUAGGGGUUUCUGGGAACUGGUUGUUGAGCAGCUGGGGGAGGAGAAGGAAACCACGAAGGCCCCCGUGCCAGUCCGGGCCGGUACAUCUGCGGCCAGACCCGCUCGUGACGUGCACACACCACGCGUAGUCAGAGAAGUCACUUUGGUAAAGCUCCCUGGGCUCUGCUUUGAAACACUCAGUGCUCGAGUGACUGCUGGAUUUAAACAGAUCUUCUUGACAAAAGGAAGCUGUUCCACAUCCUGGGAACAUGGAGAAACUGUUGUCCAUAGAAGUAUAAAUUAGUCUUUUCUUAACCAGCGUUCACAUUUACAAACCAGUCCAGCCCACCUAGAGAUGCUCAGGACCUGCCUGGUAGACAUUAAUCCCUCAGCAGUUUGGUCAGUAUGGUGAGUUCUUCCCCCAUCUCCUCUUCACAUAUUCUCUGAUUCCCAAAUAAUUUGGCCUCCUGGUUGCCCUUUACCUCUCUCCCCAUCAACUGAGAAUGUAUGAAUUUACAUUGCUGAAGGUGGGAUGGAGCAAGUUGAUUUUUUUUUUUCCCUUUGUUUUAUUUUUUAUGGAGCUGUUCAAGGGAUCCUUCUCCAGCCCAGCAAACCACAAAUUCACAUGUAGUGUAGGUUGGACUCCCUGGCUUGUCUGUGGUCAGUACAUCACUCCCAGUCCCAUUGCCCAGGUAUUUUUUUCCUUUCAAAGAACCUCUUCUUUCCUAAUAUCCUUCAUUCUGGUGGAAGCCUGCAUAGCAAACCUGUCUCUCUGCUGUGCCUAUCCACCCUCUGUUCUGAGAGGGUUGAGUGCUUUCUUCAAAUUAAAAGCAAAAAAAGGGAAAAGAGUGUAGAUCCAGCACAACAAUCAGAGGCUGGAGCCCCCCAGGAAGCGUUGCUAAAGGCAGAGGCUUCACUCAGAAAUUCAGGGAUCUGCUGCUCAGAAGCCUUUAGGGAGAACCCAAAAAAGCAGUGAAUGAAAUGGAACAGCUCAAAUCUGGCCCCAUAUUGAACACAUAUAGGAAAUCUGUAAAAUCUUGCUUGCCCAUUUUUAACUCGUGUGUAUUAUCCGUUUUUUAACUUGGUUGUUUGUUUUGUUUUGUUUUGUUUUUGCCACAAGGUAGGGAAGAACUUUUCUGUUGGAACGUGUCAGCACCCACUGCUGGCUCGUUUCCACUGGAAGAAGUAUCAGAAGCUGUCAGGGUUUUGUGACAUUGUGAUGUUUUUCUUUAUCAGCUGUGCAUUUACUUUCUGCUUGCUCUAGUAAAUGUUUUAUUACUGGUACAGAAA